AUGACGAUGUGCCCUAUGAAUGCUUUUGAGGCUCAGUUCUACCCUUGCUUUGUGGAUAACAGGAUACGUUAUGCCCCAUUGAACAUGAUUCCUCAAAGUUACCCUCAUGAAUACCAGUUCCAAGAUUUUCAAUACUUUGUUGUUAUUGACUUUGAGGCCACAUGUGAUAAGGAAAAAAAUCCUCAUCCACAAGAGAUAAUUGAGUUCCCAUCUGUGAUAGUGAGUAGCAUGACUGGCCAGCUCGAAGCCUGUUUUCAAACAUAUGUGCGUCCAACUUGCAAUCAGCACCACGAUUUCUGUAAGGACCUCACUGGCAUUCAGCAAAUUCAGGUGGAUAGAGGAGUUACUCUCAGUGAAGCUCUCCUAAGGCAUGAUAAGUGGCUGGAGAAGAAGGGGAUAAAGAAUACCAAGUUUGCUGUUGUUACUUGGUCUAAUUGGGAUUGUCAGGUGAUGUUGGAAUCAGAAUGCAGGUUCAAAAAGAUCAGAAAGCCUCCUUAUUUUAACAAAUGGAUCAAUUUGAAGGUUCCAUUCCGUGAAGUGUUUGGUGGUGCAAGAUGCAAUUUGAAGGAGGCAGUACAGAUGGCUGGCCUAACCUGGCAGGGCCGUGCUCACUGUGGUCUUGAUGAUGCAAAGAAUACUGCCCGCCUUCUUGCUCUUCUUAUGCGCAGGGGUUUUAAAUUUUCGAUCACCGACUCUUUAAUGUGCCAGCCUGCAGAUGAGACUUUCAUGUGGAAACUUCCUCCCCUGGAUCACCCAGCUUUUACCUCAUACCAACCUCAAAAGAUGAGGACCCUGCAUGUUCCUGUAUUGCAGCUUCACCCUCACUGCUAUUGUGGGGUAAAAAGCAGCAAAGGGAUGGUUCGGAAACCAGGUCCAAAACAAGGGAGUUUCUUUUUUGGGUGUGGGAACUGGACUGCUGCUAGAGGUGCCCGUUGUCAUUACUUUGAAUGGGCUUCAAUAUGACCUAUGAAGGAUGAGAAAGUGACAUCUUUAUCCUUCCUGGUCGCUGCUUAUGCAUUAUUAUCUCAUGUAAAAAAGGGCGAGUGUGGUGGUUUUCUCCCAGAGGAAGCUGUGUCUUUGCUUGGGGUAAUGGUUAUUUAGGAAGUAUGUGUAGAUAGUUGGCUUAAUCUUGCGUCUAGUUACCGCUUGAAGUUGUUUAGGUAUAAGGGACGUGCAACCAGUUUAACAGACAUUGUGUUGACAAGAGAUUGAAUUUGUGGAAUAUUCAUUAUUGCUAGUUAUAGGUUGCUUAAAUGCUCGGACAUGCUUAAUUAUCACUGAAUAAUGUGUGAAUUGUGAAUUAGGAAUGCAGCCUGGCAUAUUCAAUGAGAUUAUUGGAGUUGCUUGAACUCCCUUUCUUUGCUGUCUA